UCCCUGUCUCUCUUCAUAGCAGACGUUAUUGCCCCAGCUGAAUUGGUUGCCCCAGUGAUAGUGAUUGCACCUAAGAACACAUCUGUGGUUGCGGGGGCGAGUGAAGCCACUCUUGAGUGCGUCGCUAAUGCAAGAUCUCUUGACAGGCUGCAGGUGUUCUGGAAGCGUAAUGGGGUGAGACUAACAGCAGGAGUGGACUCGUUCGGUCGCAGGCUGGUCAUCAGUAACCCCACUUCAGCAGACGGCGGUCUGUACGUGUGCGAGGCCACGCUCAGAAACAGCAGUCAAAAGAGCACAGAAGCCAAAGCAUACCUCUCUGUUCUGGAGUCUCCACACUUCACAUCAAAACCAAAGAGGUAUAUGAUUGCGGAAGUUGAAAAAAAUGUGGAACUUCAGUGUCAUGCCAAAGGGGUUCCCACACCGAAGCUGGAGUGGUUCAAAGAUGCCAUCCCGCUCUCCACACUCAACAACUCUCGAUACAAGCUCACCACCUCCUCAAUGGUUCUUCAAGUGCGGAGAAUCCAACCAGACGAUGCCGGAAUAUUUCAAUGCUUUGCUGAAAACACAGCAGGAGAAAUCCAAGCACACACCAACCUGGUCAUCACAAGCAUGUCACCAUUGUUUACCACGCCCCCUUCUGACAUCACGGUGACUGACGGUACAUCAGCUGUGUUCACCUGUGAUACAUCCGGUGCCCCCAAACCUGCCAUCGUCUGGAGGAAAGGAUCUCAAGUGUUAGCGAGCGGAUCGGUGCAGACGCCUCGUUUCACUCUGCUGGAGUCCGGAGGCUUACAGAUACUACCCAUAAUGCCAAGCGACGCAGGGAAUUACACAUGCCUGGCAUCGAACACUGAGGGACUGGUCAACGCCACCGUGGCCCUGACAGUUUUAAGUCGAACCUUCAUCUCCACACCCCCUGAGGAUCAGCGUGUCAUCAAGGGAACCACCGCUGUACUGCACUGUGCAGCAACCCACGAUCCCAGAGUCACUGUCAGAUAUUCAUGGAAGAAAGGAACCAAGCCGCUGAGCGUGUCGACUGGUGGGCGAGUGUCAAUGAAGGAGGGUUCACUCCAAAUCAGCCAGACGUGGUCCGGAGACAUCGGAGACUACACCUGCAGGGUCAUCUCACCAGCUGGGAAUGACUCCAAAAGUGCCCGACUGGAAGUCAUAGAACUUCCACAUUCUCCACGCAACCUUCAGGUGGCUUUAAAUGAGACUGACAGCAGGACGGUUCUUCUGUCGUGGGUUCGACCAUUUGAUGGGAACAGCCCUCUCCUGCAUUACAUCAUUGAGUUCUCUGAGAACAAUUCUCCGUGGAAGGUCUACAUGGAUGAUGUUAGUCCUACACUAGCCAGUUUGCUAGUAAUUGGUCUAACACCAGCAAGAACGUACCAGUUCAGAGUGUGUGCUGUCAAUCAGGUGGGACGUGGACAGUACAGCGCUGAAACCAACAGGCUGAUGCUGCGAGAGGAACCGCCCAGCGCGCCUCCAAAAAACAUUGUGGCCAGCGGCCGUACCAACCAGAGCAUCAUGGUCCAGUGGCAGCCACCGCCAGAACCGCAGCUUAAUGGAGUCCUGAGGGGAUACGUGCUCAGGUACAGGCUGGCGGGUCUGCCGGGUGAGUUCCAGCUGAAGAACAUCACCAGUGCAGAGAUUAAUUACUGUCUGAUUGGAGAGCUCAUCAUCUGGACGCAGUACGAGAUCCAAGUGGCUGCCUACACUGGAGCGGGCCUGGGGGUGUACAGCCAGUCUGCCACCGAAUACACACUGCAAGGAGUGCCCACAGCGCCCCCUCAAGACGUGGAGGCUGUAGCGCUGAAUUCAACCACCAUCAAGUUCACCUGGACGCCUCCACCACAGCAGUUCAUCAACGGCAUUAACCAGGGCUACAAGCUGCUGGUGUGGCCUGAACACUGUCCGGAUUGCAUUACAAUGGUGACCAUUGCCCCCGAGUUCCACGGGUCACGUCAUUAUGGUUAUGUUAGCAAUUUAAGAAAGUUCACGUGGUAUGAGACAGCGGUGCUUUGCUUCACCACUCCUGGAGAUGGACCGGCCAGCACAUCACAGCUCAUCCAGACACAUGUUGACAAACCAGGUCCAGUGACUCAACUGAGCUUCACUGAGAUUCUGGACACAUCUCUGAGGAUCAGCUGGCAGGAACCAGAAGACAAGAAUGGCAUCAUAACAGGUUACGUCUUGAGCUGGCAGGAGGCUGGUCAGAACGAAACGCUCGUAUCUCAGACUCUGUCCAACUCGACGCUGGCGUACAAAGUGACCGGGUUGACUUCUCUCACCACGUACGCUCUACAGGUGGCAGCAGUAACACAAGCUGGAGUCGGGGCUUCCACCUCAUCCACCAUCUCAACAGGACUGCCUCCAGAGCUUCCUGGUGCGCCCUCUAAUCUGGUCAUCUCCAACAUCAGUCCUCGCUCUGUCACCAUUCAGUUCAGCCCUGGCAGUGACGGCAAAACCGAAAUCUCCAAAUGGAUCGUAGAAGGACAGGUGGUGAUUGUGGGUGAGGAGGAAAAGGAGGCAGAAUGGAAGGUUUUAUAUGAGAGAGACAGUCCUCCAGCCUCAGACACACUGGAGAUUCCCAAUCUCAUCCCCUUUACUCAAUACAGGUUCAGAAUGAAGCAGGUGAACAUUGUUGGUUCGAGCCCCUUUAGUGAGUCCUCCCGAUUGAUGCAGACCCUGCAGUCCAGUCCAGAUGUGGCCCCGACUGAGCUUGUCGUGUUUUCAGCCAGUGAAACCAGCCUGAGGAUUCGCUGGGAGCCACUUCCAGAGGCGGCUUAUAACGGGAAUCCUGAAAGUGUGGGUUAUCGUGUUCGAGCACAGCGAGCGGAUGGGUUUGGGCAGCCCCGUAUGGAGACUGUUUCUGAUCGCUUAUCCUGUGAGGUGACAGUAGAGGGACUGGAAGAGUGGACGGACUAUGAGCUGAGCAUUCAGGCCUUCAACAGUAUCGGGCCUGGACCCUGGAGCAGUCAUGUACUGGGCAAAACCAAAGAGUCAGUUCCCUCUGGUGCUCCGGAGAAUGUGAGCGCAGAAGCAAUGAGCUCCACGAGUGUAUUGGUCACCUGGGGUUCGGUCCCUGAACACCAGAAGAAUGGACACAUCCUUGGUUACAAGGUAUUAUACAGAGAAAAAGAUUCUGACCGGGCUCCCCAGGCCCACCUGGUGAACGGGAACCAGACCCACAUGCUUCUUUUAAGAAACCUUUCCAAGUUCACAGUGUAUGAGAUCCAGGUGCUCGCAUUUACACGUGUCGGAGACGGACCCCCCAGCCUCCCCCCCACAGCUGAGAGAACUAAGGAUGACGUUCCUGGUCCACCUGUCAGGCUAAUGUUUCCAGAAGUGCGUCUCUCGUCUGUCAGGGUCGUCUGGCAACCUCCGUCUGAGCCCAACGGCAUCAUUAUGGGUUAUCAGAUUUCUUACCGUCUUGAUAUCAACGACCCCAACAAGUUCACCACGGUUGAGGUGGGCUCCAACGCCCGGCAGUUCACAGUCACGGGUCUGAUGCCAGAGUCUGCGUAUGUGUUCCAGAUCACGGCGCGCACUUUACAGGGCUGGGGGCCCGCAGACGAGGCCAUCGUCAUCACCACUGAGAAAAGAGGUACGUUUAAGUCAGGGCUGUCCAAACUCGGUCCUGGAGGGCUGGUGUCCUGCAUAGUUUAGCUCCAACUCUCUUCAACACACCUCCCUGGAUG